AUGGGCCUGACGCCAAGCUGCUGGGUGUCAGGGCACCCGAGGGAGCCGGAGGUGGGGCGAGGCGUGGCACCGCGCCGCAUGCUCACCUGGCCCUGCAUGGCAACAGGCAAUGGAGCUCUAGGUCCCUUCGGGAGCGGACCCACGGCCGGUUCGAGAGGCAGCGGGUGGCAAGGGAGGGAGGGCAAACUGGCAGCCCCUGGCAACCUGGGGCUGACGGCAGGAGGCUGGGCACACCGCGGAUUUCCCUCCGCCAGCAGGAUGGUGAACCUGGAGUCUGUGCACGCAGCCGUGCCCGAAGGAGAAAGUGGCCCCGGGUGUGGUGGCAGCCAUCACUUCAAGGAGAUCAAGAUGAGCGGGGAUGCGGCAGAUUCCACAGACACUCGGCACGAACCGGACCAGGUGGAGCCAGGCAAUGAACAGAAUGGGCUGGACUUUAACAGGCAGAUUAAAACCGAAGACCUCAGCGACUCCCUUCAAUCUGCCAUCCCCCCUAGGUCAGGGCACCUCGUGCAGGGCUCCUCAAUGAUGCCUGGAAGCCAAAUUGCAGGGGAUAUGAGCUCCCUCCACACCCUGCAGCAGCUGGUGUUGCUUCCUGGGCACAUGCAGUCAGUUCCCCAAUUCCUUCUGUCCCAGUCUCAGGCAGGACAACAAGCUUUGCAGCCAAACCUCCUCUCCUUCCCUCAGCAGCAGGGCAGCCUCCUCCUCUCCCAGCCAGGGCCCAGCCUGGCAUCACAGGCUGUGGGUCGUUCUGGGCUCCCUGGCUCGUCGGUUGAACCCCACCUGGAUGUCCCCCAGCAUUUGCAAGUGGCAAAGCACCUGACCCCCUCGGGGGCAUCAGAGGAGCCAAGUGACCUGGAGGAGCUGGAAAAGUUUGCCAAGACCUUCAAACAAAGGCGGAUCAAGCUGGGGUUCACACAGGGGGAUGUUGGACUGGCCAUGGGGAAGCUCUACGGCAACGACUUCAGCCAGACCACCAUCUCCCGCUUCGAGGCCCUCAACCUCAGCUUCAAGAACAUGUGCAAGCUCAAACCCUUGCUGGAGAAGUGGCUGAGUGAUGCAGAAUCUGCUCCUUUGGAUUCUUCCAUGAGCACCCCCAAUUCCUACCCCUCAGUGAACGAGAUGUUUGGACGGAAAAGGAAGAAGAGAACCAGCAUCGAGACCAACAUUCGCUCCACGCUGGAGAAGAGAUUCCAAGAUAACCCCAAGCCCAGUUCAGAGGAGAUAUCCUUGAUAGCAGAGCAGCUCUCCAUGGAAAAGGAGGUGGUUCGGGUCUGGUUCUGCAACCGGCGCCAGAAGGAGAAGCGGAUCAGCUGCCCGAUGCCAUCCCCCAUCAAAUCACCCAUCUACAACUCCAGACUGGUCUCUACCUCAGGGUCCUUGGGGCCCCUCUCUGUCAAUCCAGUGCACAGCACCAUGCCUGGGACUGUAACAUCAUCGUGUUCCCCAGGGAACUCCAGCAGGCCCUCGUCCCCUGGCAGUGCCCUCCAUGCCAGCAGCCCCGGCACAGCCCAGAGCAACUCCAAAGCUGCCAUGAACUCUUCUGGUUUCAACUCUUCAGGGUAA